ACGCACCGGGGAGACAGAGUGGGUCGGGUCUGUGUUUACUUCCGGACUCUGAUUUAGACUUCGCUCAGAAAGCAGCAGCUCAAGCGGAGGUUCAGACUGUCAGCUAGCACAGUAGUAAUACAAGGCUUCAUGACAGAGGAUACCGGGUUCACCAGCGGCACCACUGAACACCGGACACUGCGACGCCGGGCAGAUCCACACCGUUGCCCUGCUUCCUUCCACUCGCACUUGUGCUUAAAAGCACUCAAUGUUGUAUUCCAGCUACCAGAUAAUAAACUGAUCUGACUGUGUUCCUGCUACUCCAUGAACCGAGCUAGCCGAGGAUUAAAACAAGGACAAUCGCUCAAAGUUUAAACGUCGUUUCUAUUUGACCCGCCAGGAUCCGGCAGCUGGGAGAGACGCAAGCCCGUGGAGAGCGACGGGACUCGGGGGCCAGGCAGCCAGGGCAGUGAGGGCGGUAGCCGGAUAAACUAGGGGGUCGCCUCCAGCUCCUGGUCGUUUUAUCCCCAGCAAGCUAGCGUUAGCUAAGCUAGCUACGAACAGCACCAUGGAUUGGUUAAUGGGGAAGUCGAAGCCGAAGACAAAUGGAAAGAAGCCUCCGGCAGAAGAAAAAAAGCAGUACAUGGAGCCAGAGUUCACAAAAAUUCGUGUGGUGGACUUCGACCUCAAGGAACUGGUGGUGCUACCCAGAGAAAUAGACCUCAACGAAUGGCUGGCCAGCAACACAACAACAUUCUUCAACCUUAUCAACCUGCAGUACAGCACCAUCUCAGAGUUCUGCACUGGGGACACCUGUCAAGCCAUGACGGCCUGCAGCACAAUAUACUACUGGUAUGACGAGAGGGGGAAGAAGACGAAGUGCACUGCUCCCCAAUAUGUCGACUUUGUAAUGAGUCUCUGUCAGAAACUGGUCACAGAUGAGGAAAUCUUUCCUACAAAAUAUGGCAAAGAGUUCCCCAACUCCUUUGAGUCCUUGGUAAAGAAGAUUUGCCGGUAUCUUUUCCACGUGUUGGCUCAUCUCUACUGGGCGCACUUUAAAGAGACGGUGGCUCUGGACCUGCAGGGCCACUUGAACACUCUGUAUGCACAUUUCAUCGUUUUCGUAAGGGAAUUCAACCUGGUCGACCCCAAGGAGAUCAGUAUCAUGGACGAUCUGUCCAAAGUCCUCUGCACCCCCGCCCCGCCACCAGCGCCCGUCCCAGCCUCUUCUGCCUCAGCGCCCUCCCCCUCUUCAGAAAACCACGUGACGGAGAGAUGAGCGGGGGCAGUGGUGCCACCGUAGCCUCGGGGGUGAUAGAAGAUAAGAUAGAGAAGAAGGAAAAGACAGCCUGGCCCCCCUCCUGGCCAGCAGGACUAAGAGACCUUCCACUACCCUUAUAUUUCACUAUGACACCAC